AUGAAUGGGGGCUGCUAUCUGGUGGCCUGGGCCACCCUGUGCCUGGUGGGUGGGUGGGCAACCUCAUGGCAUCUGGGCCGCCCUUUCACUGCAGUGUGGAAUGUGCCCACAGCCCGAUGCCAAACCCACUUUGGCCAGCCCCUGCUCUUGGAGCCCUUUGGCAUCGUGCACAACCAGGCCCAACGCUUCCGAGGCCAGAACAUUACCAUCUUCUACAAGAACCAGUUUGGCCUUUACCCCUACCUGGGGCCCAGGGGUGUCCUCCACCAUGGAGGUAUCCCCCAGGCUGUUCCCCUGCACAGGCACCUUGCCCUGGUCACCAGCCAGAUCUCUGGCCUCAUGCAAAAGGGCUUUAGAGGCCUAGCUGUGCUUGACUGGGAAGAGUGGCACCCCUUCUGGAACCGGAACUGGGGACCCCGCCGGAUCUAUCGAAAGGCAUCUUGGGCCUGGGCCCAGAAGCAGUGGCCAGAUCUACCUCCUGAGCUGCAGCGCCUAGAGGCUCGGGCUGCCUUUGAGAGGGCUGCUCGGGCACUGAUGGAGGGAACCCUGCAGCUGGCACAGACGCUUCGUCCCAGGGGGCUGUGGGGCUUCUAUCGAUUCCCUCUCUGCCGAAGCCCCUGGUGGGGCAGGCACAAUUACACUGGGAAGUGCCGGAUGGCAGACAAGGUCUACAAUGACCGGCUGCGCUGGCUUUGGGAAGCCUCCAGUGCCCUCUUCCCUAGCAUCUACCUCCCACCUGGUCUGCCCCGGAUCUAUCAAAAGAGCUACAUACGACACCGACUGGAAGAGGCUUUCCGAGUGGCACGGUUUGGGCACCCACGUCCUCUGCCUGUGCUGGCCUAUACCCGCCUCACUCACCUUGGCUCUGGGCGGUUUCUGUCCCAGAAUGACCUGAUUCGGACCAUUGGAGUAAGUGUGGCCCUGGGGGUAGAAGGCGUGGUGCUCUGGGGUGACCUCUCUUUUUCUAGUUCUGGGGAGCAGUGCAGACUUCUCCAGAGCUACCUGUCAACCGUCUUGGGCCCCUACUUAAACAAUGUGACUAGGGCUGCCCAGGCCUGCAGCCAGCAGCUGUGCCAUGGCCACGGACGCUGUGCCCGACAGGAGCCCAGCAAUGAUGACGUCUUCUUGCACUUGGAACCGACAGGUGCCUGGGGAACCCCCGGGGAAGGUCCUGACAAAUGGACCCACUUCCGAUGCCUCUGCUACCCAGGCUGGGCAGGCACUGCUUGUGAGGUGCCUGUACCUGGCACAGAAUGAAGGGGGUAACCUUGAGCCCUGUCCCCAGAGGAUUCCCGACUGUGCCACCUAUCUUUGCCCUUGCUUUUUGAGCUUCCUUUAGUUGGUCCCACCGGCCUUUCGUUCUCUCCAACUCCAGAGAGACUGGUUAUGAGGGCCUUUUCCUGCCUGUUUCCUAAA